CGGUCCAUCCGCCCGCUCCUCGCAUCGCAUCGCAUCGCAUCGCAUCGCAUCGCAUCGCCUCGAAUCUAGAACACCCCUCCGAUUGGCGCCCCCGCUCUUCUCCCGUGGCUCGGUCGUGUCGCUCCCCCCUCGCUCGUCUUCAGCUGUGCUGCCUGUCUCCGGCGUCUUCGGUAUCGCCCAGUCCCUCGUCCCUGCGUCGCCCCAGCCCAGACCAACCCAGCCCAGUCGUCCCUCGCCCUCGUCCAUCUCAUCAUGAAUGUUGCUUCCGUCGACGAUCACGAGCUGAAUUGCAAGCUCAUGGAUGGAUUCGCCAUUGCCGUCCAAGUCUUGCUGGGCACAAUCGUCGUGGCAUCUUUGCUGUUCAAACGCUUCCGCGAGCGGCCAAGGCGGCCCAUUGUCAUCUGGUUCAUGGACACCAGCAAGCAGGGAUUUGCGGCCUUGAUUGUGCAUUUUGUCAACGUUGCACUCUCGGAUUUGUCCUCCAGCAACGGCCACCGCGAUUCCAACAACCCUUGUGUGUGGUACUUUCUCAACAUCAUGCUCGAUACCACGAUCGGAGUUGCCAUCCUCUACAUGUUCCUGAGAAUCUUGCAUUCGAUGGCGUACAUGUGUGGGAUCACCGACAUGCAUUCUGGUGACUAUGGAAACCCUCCCAGAUUCUAUCCUUGGUACAAGCAACUGAACCUGUUCAUCAUUGCCUGGGUCCUGGUCAAGACCACCGUGGUGCUGGCUCUGGAAUCAAUCCCGGCGUUCGCUACCUUGGGAAAAUGGUUGCUCCAGCCCCUCAUCGACAGCCACAACGUGCGGCUUCAGGUCCUUGUCGUGAUGCUGGUUAUUCCCCUGAUCAUGAACAUUGUCCAAGCUUGGCUUACAGAUGCCGUCAUCAAAGCGCGUCUGCACCAGUACAAAUCCACGCUGUCGAUAAAUCAGGAAGAAGAUGUCAUGAGCAUCAUGAUCGACGAAGAUGACACCCAUAGUCGCCUGUCGACGUCCGUGGACAGCCUCAACGACCUGGCCUUCAACCACUCGUCGUCCGCCUCGGGCCUGGCCUUUGGCAUCUCCUCGACAGGCAUCGCGAUCGCCCCCAAGAAUGGCUUCUCGCCCGUCAACGCAACCGAUCUUGAUCGGCUCUAGAUCAAAGCGGGUCCGCAACAGCAUCCAGCCAUAUUUGGGUCUUUGUCUCCCUCGCGGCAACGCUGGCGCACCUUGGACUCUUUUGCUCCUGGCGUUU